AUGAACGACAACGAACCUAGUACCCCUCAUGCUAUCACUUCCCGCGAAACACCCCGUGAUGACCAUCAGCGUCCGCGUCCUGGUGAUCCAAACUGGACCUUCUACCAAGGUCCCCGCAAGCGAAGUGAAGAUGAUGCCUUCCGUUUUGAUCCUCCCAGACCUCGCCCCUGUCGCCACGACUCUUCCAGACAUCGUUCCGAUUGCCAUGACCCUUCCUCGACACCAAGUGACGACAUCUUCCGCCACUUCAAUACCUUUCCAAGAACGGAUCGAAUGCGCAGACAAAGGAUGACACGCCGCUGUCAACCAAACAUGCCACGAAUCUACAGACCUACCGUUGGUGUCGGACUCCCAAUGGCUCACGUUACAGUUCUAUCUUCUCCCGCGGCCAAAGCCUUCUUCAAGAACGCCGAUAUUCCACAACAAUUCAGCAAGGUCAUCAACUGCUUCCGUGCUGCAAUGAAUCCAGAUGAAUUGAGAUCAGAUAUGUCAGGUGAUGAAAAGACGACAAGGUACCCGAUAAUCUGGGAUUCCGGUGCAACAACCUCGAUCUCACCUUACAAGGACGAUUUUGUGGGAAAGCUUGAGCCAGCACCUCUUGGACUCAAGCUUCGUGGAAUCGCUAGCGGCCUGGAAAUCAAAGGGAUUGGACAUGUUGCAUGGUCAGUGGUUGAUACAACUGGCAUGUUACGAACAAUCAAGGUGCCUGCCCUAUACGUACCUUCUGCCACAGCUCGAUUGCUCAGUACUUCAAGCUUGCUCCAGACAUACACCGAUGAGUCCAUCUCAAUGAACGCUGAUCAUCUACAGUUGUCUGGAUCAGACAAAACAAAUUCAGUACACAUUGACCACGACCCUUCAACGAACUUGCCAACAUCGCUUGCCAACUCCCAUGGAACUGCCCCUAACCGAUUCGACGCAUUUGCCAGCAUCAUCACGUCCACCUUGGAGUCAAACCACAACCUCAGUCCCGCCGAGAAAGAAUUCCUAAGAUGGCACCAUCGGCUAGGCCAUCUCAACUUCAGUCAGAUCCAAUUUCUGCUCCGCACAGGUGUAUUGGCGCAUUCAGAGUUCGCUCGACGAUUGCAAGCUACAGCAUCUCGGAUCACAACAUACCCACUUUGCCCAGCUUGUCAAUUUGGAAAGCAACGCCGUCGACCCUCUCCUGGAAAGACUUCUCAAGUCGUUUGUGAUCGAGAGGGAGCUGUGAAGAAAGAAAACCUGUUCCCAGGACAGAAGGUGUCAGUUGAUCAUUUUGAGUGUACCACAAGAGGACGAUUGCUUCAUACCUUUGGCAAAGAAGAUCCCAAGACACAGUACACCGGAGGAUUCAUCUUUGUUGACCACGCAACAGGCUACGUCUUCGUCGAGCAUCAACUUCAUCUGAACACCCAAGAGACGUUGAGUGCAAAGAUGUCUGUGGAAGAACAACUUCAAGACUUUGGAGUAGUUGUACUUGAAUAUCUAAGUGACAAUGGAAGGCCCUUCACAUCGCAAGAAUACAAUGAUCACUUACUCAAGUUCUCACAAAUUCACUCAUUUGCUGGCGUUGGAGCUCAUCAUCACAAUGGAAUUGCGGAACGAUCAAUCCAAACCAUCAUGUCCAUCGCUCGAACAAUGAUGAUGCAUCAAGCCAUCCAUUGGCCCGAUGUUGCAACCACCACACUCUGGCCCCUCGCAGUGGAUCAUGCCGUCUUCCUCUACAACCACAUGCCCAACCAAUUAUCUGGUCUCUCACCACACGAUCUGCUUACCAAAACCCGUUGGAAACAAUCACAACUUACCGACGUUCAAGUUUGGGGAUGCCCAGCGUAUGUCUUGGACAAACAGAUGCAAGAUGGAAAGAAACUUCCUCGGUGGAAGCCUCAAUCCACCCGCCAGAUCUACGUUGGAAUGAGCAAGAGACAUGCAUUGUCAGUUCCACUUUGUUUGAAUCCCGACACAGGAGCCAUCACCACACAAUUUCAUAUUGUAUUUGACCCUACCUUCUCGACCGUGGCAACGAAUGUUGAUGACCUACCUGAUUUUGGUUCGGAAGCCUGGUCCAAACUCUUUGGAGACUCCGUCUACCAAUAUGUUCUGGAUGAUCCCGAGGACCCAUUGCAUCCACCUGAUCCCACCGACAAUCCUCCUCCUCCUUUAACUGCAAGAGUCCAAGAACAAACAGAAGUUCACAACCCGCCAACUCCAUUGGACGUUGUUCCGCCACCUACCAAGCCACAAGUCGAUUCCUCUGGAGCUACCAUACCUUCGAUCCAGAGGGAGACAGUCAUUGAGAAUCCGCCAGCUGUUUCCCCCGUUCAGCCGCCUCCUUCUCAGAGGGAGAAUGUGACCCCUACUACUACUACCCCUACGAAUCAGCCGAAGUCUUCACCUCCACCACAGCCGACUCCGCCACAGCCGACUUCUCCACCGGCUCGCACACCGCAGCCAACAGCACCACCUCGCAAACCUGCACCUCAACCAUCAGCCACACGCACAUCUCGCCGAUCCAACAAAGCCCAACCUCCUAAACGCUUUGGGUAUGAUGGACAUGGGCCUGCAGGAUACACCGCACCCCUAAAAUCACAAAGUCCAGAGACCAACAACUUCUACACUUACUUUUCGGCAUACUUCAACCAUUCAAACAUUGAAUUGGAACACUCCCAUGACUGCAGCUUCAUUCCAAGCUCGUACAAAGCAAGAGCGACCAAGGACCCAGACGUUUUCACUUACAAUGAAGCGGUCAACGGUCCCAACAGCGAAAAAUGGACUGCAGCAGCAAAGAAGGAAAUUGAAGAACUUGAAGGAAAACUCACCUCGAUUGAAGUCCCAAUGUCAAAAGCGAAGACCAAGAUCAUUCCUGGAUCUUGGGUCUUUUGUGUCAAGAGAAACCCAAGCGGAGAAAUGACCAAAUUCAAGGCAAGAUACUGUGUGAGAGGAGACCUGGAAGAAAUGGAUGUUGACGAAAACACGUUUGCACCUACCGUUGCAUGGAGUACUGUCCGUUUGUUUCUUGUCCUUUGCUUGAUCCUUGGAUGGGCCACCAUCUCGGGCAAAGGAACAUGUCUUCAACUCAACAAGUCACUAUAUGGGACCAAAGCUGCUCCCGCGCUAUGGAAUAAGACCGCCGUGGAAGGAUUUACCAAGUGUGGAUUCAAGCAAUCCGAUUUUGAUCCGUGUCUUUUGUACAAGAAAGGCAUGAUGGUGGUUCUGUAUGUUGAUGACGCUGGAAUCGGUGCCAAAGAUCCAGCAGACAUCAACAAGCUCAUUGAGGAACUCAGAGAACUCAAAUUUGAACUAAAGAACAAAGGCGAUUUUAAUGAGUUUCUUGGCAUAAAAUUUGACAAACGCAAAGAUGGUUCAGUCGAACUCACUCAGACUGGCUUGAUUGACAAAGUUUUGGAAGCAGCCGGAAUGACCAAUUGCAAUCCCAAUCGGAUCCCCGCUACUGGUCCCCUUGGCAAAGAUCCUGAUGGUGAACCUAUGAGCGAAGAAUGGAACUAUCGAUCAAUCGUCGGAAUGUUAAUGUACCUCUUGACAAACACACGACCAGACAUUACCUUUGCUGUCAGCCAAGUGGCACGAUUCUCCUCUGAUCCAAAACAAUCCCAUGCAACCGCUGUGAAAACAACUCUUCAUUGCCUGAAACGCACUCGCACAAAAGGCAUGAUCAUCAAGCCUACAGGAAAACUGAACCUCUAUUUGUUUGUCGAUGCUGACUUCUGUGGGCUCUACAAUACCGAACCUCACACUGAUCCAAACUCUGCCGAAUACAAUGCUCUCUCUUCUGCUCUAAAGACCUUAAUUCCAUUGAAGCGUCUUCUUAUUGAAGCCACCGACCACGUUGAACUUGACGACAGCAUCCGCGCCACCAUUCGGGCCUCAGCAUUUGAAGACAACCAAGGAGCAUACUUUCUGGCCACUAAGCAAAGAAUCACAUCUCGCACUCAAUGGUAUCUCAACAGGUGGCACUGGUUCUGGCAACACGUCACCAAGGACGGCGUUGGCCCAGAAACUGUUGCCAUCCACGAGGUGGACACAUCGCUCCAAGAUGCUGAUUACUUCACAAAGGCACAGUCUUGUGAACCUUUCAAGAGCAAUCGCUUUCAAGUGCAAGGCUGGUAA